CCGCCAGAAGUCGGCCAUGCGUGUAGCUUCGCGGCAUAGAACAACGAUUCGUAUUUCAUAGAUAGACUUAGACUACACAUUGACCCUUUAACUCUGGUCUGGUUAGCCACUGACUACCCUCCUCUCCUUCAAACGCUCUCUUCCUUCUUCCAUCCUUCCUUUUUAUUUAUUAUUCAUUUUCUCAAUCUCCCCCCGAAUCCUUGUCUUCUCCUCUCCCAUGGUGUCUAACUAGCCGGCAACAUCUCCUUUUCACCUCUCCGCAAUGUUGAACCUCUUCUCUUCAUCUCACCGCAUUUCCAUUUCCAUCUUCAUCUUCCUCUUCUCUGCGCCGUUGCUCCCUUCCUCCUCCCUCUCCGACUCCGAUCAACCGCUUCUCGCUAACGCUACGCUCCUGUCCAAUAAUGUUUCCGUUCCGAGGAAUAAGGAAGGUAGUUUUGCUGACAUCAUUGAUCGUGCUUUGGAGAAUGAGUUCAAGGAGAAUGACCAGAAUGAAGCAAUUGAUGCAGGAAGCUUUAACAACAGUGUAGCAGAGCAGCAGGCAACUCUGGAGACUGUGGCAAGGGUAAAGUCAAAGAAAAAUGAUACGAAAGAGGAAAAGUUUCAGCUUCAAAACGUUUUCAAUUUGGACAGUGAUAAUAGAGCUGAAGAUACCCCUACAUUGAUUGAUCGAAAGGACAAUGUCUUUAUCAUAUCUAACUUCAAGUCUAAAUAUCCAGUGCUGCAAUUAGACUUGAGAUUGAUAUCUGAUUUGGUUAUCGUAAUUGUCUCUGCAACUUGUGGUGGCAUUGCCUUCGCCUGUGCUGGACAACCAGUUAUAACUGGAUACCUUCUAGCAGGAUCUAUUAUUGGACCUGGAGGAUUUAACUUUGUCAGUGAAAUGGUUCAAGUUGAAACGGUAGCUCAAUUUGGUGUAAUUUUUCUUCUUUUUGCAUUGGGUUUGGAGUUCUCAACAACUAAGCUACGAGUUGUUCGUGCAGUUGCUGUUCUUGGUGGGCUUCUCCAAAUUUUCCUAUUUAUGUGCCUCAGUGGGAUCACAGCCUCGUCAUGUGGUGGGAGUGCUUCUGAAGGAGUUUUUGUUGGAGCGUUCCUAUCUAUGUCCUCAACAGCAGUGGUGCUGAAGUUUCUGAUGGAAAAGAACUCUACUAAUGCUCUUCAUGGACAAGUCACAAUCGGCACCCUUAUUUUGCAGGACUGUGCUGUUGGGUUACUGUUUGCUUUGCUUCCAGUACUAGGUGGGAAUUCUGGUAUUCUUCAAGGAGUGAUGUCUAUGAGUAAAGUGUUGGUGAUCUUGGUUGGUUUUUUGAUUGCUUUGUCAAUUUUAUCCCGUACAUGUAUUCCUUGGCUCUUAAAACUGAUGAUAAGUCUAUCAUCACAGACCAACGAACUUUAUCAAUUAGCCUCAGUGGCGUUCUGCUUGCUUGUAGCCUGGUGUAGUGAUAAGUUGGGGCUAAGUCUAGAAUUGGGUUCCUUUGCCGCUGGAGUGAUGAUAUCCACAACCGAUCUUGCUCAACACACACUUGAACAAAUAGAGCCUAUAAGGAACUUUUUUGCGGCCCUUUUUCUUGCCAGCAUUGGAAUGCUGAUCCACGUUCAGUUUUUGUGGAACCACGUUGAUAUAUUACUAGCAGCUGUUAUAAUUGUGAUAAUUGUAAAAACAAUCGUAAUUAGCACAGUGGUGAAGGGAUUUGGGUAUAACAACAGGACAGCACUUUUGGUUGGAAUGUCUUUGGCUCAGAUAGGAGAAUUUGCUUUUGUUCUUCUCAGCCGUGCUUCUAAUCUUCAUCUAGUUGAGGGGAAACUGUAUCUAUUGCUUAUUGGGACCACAGCCCUCAGUCUGGUGACAACUCCUUUUCUUUUCAAGCUAAUACCUGCUGUAGUACAUUUAGGCGUGCUAUUGCGGUGGUUUUCUCCAGAUAGUCUCGUUGAGAUUGGAUUUAAAGGAGACAUCAUCCGCUCGGACAGUGUAAAGCAACGGGUUAUGUUGAUAGUCCAGGGAUCUCACGAUUCAUGACAUUGAUUGUAUGUCAAUUGAAAAUGAAAUAUCAUUUUCUUCUCAAGGAGUCAAAUUCUGGCCAGCUUAUUCCCAUGUGCAAGUGAAGUCGAUUGAACCACUCUGUAUAUUUGUUCAUGUUUUUCUAGCCAUAUAAAAGCGUGUCCAGAAUCAUUUUUUUGUUUCACUUAACUGACCACUUAGAUUUGGAAAAAAAAAAAUUCAGAUUAGAGAGUACUAGAGAUGGAUGACCAGAUAGUAGCCAGUACAAUAGAGGAACCCUAUUGUAUUUGUCUUCUUCGCUAUGACCUGAUUCUUUGUAAAAUGUAUUAUAGUUUGGAUAUUUAUAAUGAAAUUGGUACUGCACAAAAUAA